AUGACAUCUCCUAAACGAAAGAAGAUUGAAAAAAAGAAGAGUGAUGAUGACAUAGAGGCGGUUAUCAGCAAAAUAUUCUUGGAGGAUUCUGAUUUAGAUAUAACUACUCUUUUAAAGCUUCGAAAUCACCUACAAAACUCGAAGGAUGAUGAAUUGGAAGUUCAGUCAAUAAAAUUGAAGAUUGAUCAAAAAAUCAUUACUCGUUUACUGUGCCAAUAUGAUGCGAUGGAAUCAGAGAAAGAUAAAGCAAUCUUUGAUAUCCUUUGUAUGUUGGAGAGAUCAUAUCAGAUAAGCUUAGGACCUUUUUUUCCUAUAGUAUGGGGAAAGCGAGCAAAAGACAAUUAUGAAAAAUUGCGUCAGUUGGGACAGGCUCUGCAUACGAAACUCACGGCAGAUCAGGUUUUGGAUUAUUUAAAUCCAAAACUAAUGUGGAAUACGUUACUGAAGUCCGAACAAACAACCAGCAUCAAAAUACCUGAAAAGGAUUCUUCGGAUCAGAUUUAUGAUGCCCGUUUCAUACUUCGUUUGUUGGCAACCUUGGUAGAUAACGGUACAAAGAUCAACAGUCGAAAAUUUAUUAGUGUAAAUGGUCUUUCAUUUGCAUUUGCAGCAACGAGUUUUAUUAGCCAGAGUGAGCGAUGCGUUGCAUACCUCGUGCUCAAACGUUUUCUACUUCACUUAACAGAGUUGGAUAGAGAUUCAUUCCCAGAAAAGUGUUUAUAUAUUUAUCUGUUGCAAAUAUUCAAAAACAGUGUCGAAAAUCCAAUUCAACGACUGCCACAUGUAGUUGCACAUUUUUUCGCAAGAGUGACCAAACUGAUUUUACAUCCCGAAGACCCGGUUUACCAACCAGUACUUUCGUUCGUACUGCUUAAGCCAAAUGUUGAUGUUCAAAAUGUUCCGGAAAUUUACAAACUAUUAUUGAGUUCAAGUACACAGCAUUACAACAAAGAGCGACAUUGAUAUGGGAUCAAGUUAUUACUAUCACUUUUUGGUAGUAUUAUUGCUGAUCAAGAAACGAAAAAAUACAUUUUGCUAUCACUUCGGGCUAUUUUGAAGCAUCGAUCAUUAGCUAAUGAUUUAUAUGUUCGGCAAAAUCUGCAUUCUUGGAUUGUUUUGACUCUGCAGAAUAAAGUGGUAACUAGGUGGGAAUGUGUAUUUUUAUGCCAGUUAUUUAUUACGCUCAUUACUCAUGUUAAAGAACUUUACUGUGACAACUCAAACAAUGAAUCCAUGGAUGAUAAUUGGCGUAAAACUAUAGUGUACAAGACAUGCCAAAUACUUGGAAAUAAAGUGUAUGAUGAACUAGAAAAAGAAAAUGACGAUGCGAAAAGUACGUGGUUACCGAAGCUAAAGCAACUGUUGUGCAAGGAUAAUUGGACGCCAUCUCUGGAGUCGAGUUGUGUUGUUUAG